GCCGUCACACAACUAGACUAAACCAAAACCACCUGUCCCUUCAUUCAUCAGAGUCUCAGAGACUACGGGUUAGACGGCAGCUCGUUUAGUUCCAGUUUUAUCCUCUUGCUGCUGCUCAGCUCUGACUUUACAGCCUCCACCCCACCCCACUCCGCCCUGUCCCCCUGUGGACACUCUGCAGGCUCUGGACAGGUGAAAGACUCGAGGACGUCGCAUGGAGAUCGAAAGCAUCGUUGCAAACACUGCUCUGAUUCGAGCCAGAGAAGAUGGAGGCAGCAAAGGCAGGAGCUGGAAAUGGAAAGAGAUGCUGCAGUUCCCUCACAUCCAGAACUGCAGCGAACUGGCGGCGCUCAUAGAACGAGACUACUACACGCUGUGCGUGAAGCAGCCCAUUGGAAAGAAGCUGUUCAGGCUCUUCUGUCGGAGUCGUCCCGAUCUGCAGAACUACAUAUGCCUGCAGAACGCCCUGGACGCCUUUGAGACGAAGUCUGACGAAAGGAGGAAGGAGGUCGGCUUCAUCAUCAUCCAAAAAUUCCUCACGAGGCAGUCCAACCUGUGCGUGUCCAUCUUGGUGAAGCAUGAACACAUCUGCAGCCACAACCUGGAGGUCGACCCCUGCAGCGACGUCUUUCACGACUGCAGACAAGACCUGCAUGAAUACUUGAGUGGAGAGCCAUUCAUCCAGUACCAGGAUAGUAUGUACUUCGACCGGUUUCUGCAGUGGAAGAUGUUGGAGAGGCAGCCAAUCAACAAGCGGGCAUUCAGACAGUACAGGCUUCUGGGGAAAGGAGGCUUUGGAGAGGUGUGGGCCUGCCAGGUACGAGCCACGGGGAUGAUGUACGCCUGCAAAAAGCUGGAAAAAACCCAUGUGAAGAAGAGACGAGGCGAGAACAUGGCUCUCAACGAGAAACAGAUCCUGGAGGAGCUGGACAGUCGGUUUGUGGUGAACCUGGCGUACGCCUACGAGACCAAACACGCGCUCUGCAUGGUUCUCACCAUGAUGAACGGCGGCGAUUUGAGGUUCCACAUCUACAACAUCGGCGAGCCCGGCCUGGACGCGGACCGCGUGGUUUUCUACGCCGCGGAGGUCUGCUGUGGAUUAAUUCACCUGCACCAGCAGUCAAUCAUCUACAGGGAUCUGAAACCAGAAAACAUUCUCCUGGAUGACAACGGCCACAUCCGCAUCUCUGACCUGGGUUUGGCCGUGAAGGUUUCUGAGGGGAGUCUGGUCCGAGGCAGGGUGGGCACGCUGGGAUAUAUGGCUCCCGAGGUGAUCGGCAACGAGCGUUACGGGAUGGGCGUGGACUGGUGGGGCCUCGGCUGUCUGGUCUAUGAAAUGACGGCAGGUCGUCCUCCGUUCAGGGCCCGAGGAGAAAACAGUAAACCCUCAGAGAUGGAGAGGAGGAUCCAGACGGAGCAGGAGGGAUACAACGGGAGGUUCAGCCGGGACGUGAGGAACAUCUGCUCCUCGCUGUUGACCAAAGACCCAAAGCACCGGUUGGGCUGUCGAGGCUCUGGAGGCAGAGAAGUCCAGUCUCAUCCUUUCUUCCAGAGCGUCAACUUCCGUAUGCUGGAGGCCGGGUUUGUUGAUGCUCCGUUUAAACCUGAUCCCAGGCUGGUGUACUGCAGCGACGUCCAGGACAUCGAUGAGUUUUCCUUCAUGAAGGGGGUCACUAUCGACCACGUGGACCACGACUUCUACUCCAAGUUCAACACGGGGAGUAAUCCCAUAAUGUGGCAGAACGAGAUAAUAGACACGGGAUGUUUCAGGGAGUUGAAUACCUUCGGCCCGGGGGGCACUCGUCCUCCGGAUCUGGACUGGUCGCUGCCGCCCAAGAGCUGCAAACGCAGCCCCAAACGCAGCCUCCUGCACCGGAUCUUCAGGAAACACACGAGGACAAAGUCUUCAUCUUCUCAGAGCGACGAGAGCAAACGGAGCCUGGUGUCGACGGACCAAUACGUCAAGUCAGAUCUGGUCACGUCUUCCUUGUGAGGAUCCAGCAAAGAGACUCCUUUAAGGACACUAAGGUCCAGUGUAGCAGCCGACGACUAUUCAGAGUGUUUCCUCAGAGAACGACGGCAUUGCUGCAUAAAAAUGACUCAGAACAAGUCCUGAAAGUAGACAACGAGAACACAACACAUGGAACAGAACUAUGGGAAAUGAGACAAUAUGAUGCAUCUGUGAGAAUCCUUCUUGGUUUCCAGGAUCCAGGAGUAACAAAAUGUUGAUGGUAACAGCUGAUGAGUCGGAGGAGUUUGAUCCCAGAACAGAACCAGUUGAGUUGUGAGAUGUUGGUGGUUUCCUCUCAUCAGCUGAUGCUCCAACAUUUCUACUGGAUGAAGGUCAGGACUUUGACUUGUUCCUAAACAUUCAUCUGGUUCUUC